GAACAAGGCCCGGCCCAAUGGGAGGCUGCCGUUUCCCAAUUGCUAACCCUUGGGAAGGCUUGAGCCAAUUUUCAUCCCCCAGUGCGCUGCUUGCUGCUCGACCAGACACCCGACGACCUAGGCUCAACCUCCCCCGACGACGAAAGACGAGAGAGCGCCCUCGACGGUCCGCCUCGCUUCAAUUGCUCCGUCGCCUGCUGCACACCUGCAUUCUCCCCGGACUCCCGCGGUCGCUCGCAGCAGCUUCGCCCGACAUGUUCGCCAGAACCACCAUGCGCUCGGCGCGCAUCCUCAGCAGUGCCAGAAAUGGCGCCACCGCCUUCACAAAGCGGACCAUCUCAUCGAACGCCGGUGCCGGCGAGUCGCCUGCCAGACUCAACAUGGCUGCCGCCGCCUCGACCGCUGUUGCCAUCGGCUCCGUCGCUUGGUACUACCACCUUUACGGCACCACUGCCCACGCCAUGACGCCCGCUGAGGAAGGUCUGCACCCCACUGCCUACCCUUGGGUUCACCAGCAGUGGCUCAAGACCUUCGACCACCAGGCUCUCCGCCGUGGUUUCCAGGUCUACCAGGAGGUCUGCGCCGCGUGCCACUCCCUCAGCCGUGUCCCCUACCGAUCCCUUGUCGGUACCAUCCUCACUGUGGACGAGGCCAAGGCUCUUGCCGAGGCGAACGAGUACGACAGCGAGCCCAACGACCAGGGUGACAUUGAGAAGCGCCCCGGCAAGCUUUCCGACUACAUCCCCGCUCCCUACAAGAACGACGAGGCUGCCCGGGCCGCCAACAACGGCGCCCUCCCUCCGGAUUUGAGCUUGAUCGUCAAGGCCCGUCACGGCGGUUGCGACUACCUCUUCAGCUUGCUUACCGGCUAUCCUGAAGAGCCCCCGGCGGGUGCCCAGGUCGGUGCUGGCCUCAACUUCAACCCUUACUUCCCCGGUACCGGUAUCGCCAUGGCCCGUGUGCUGUACGACGGACUCGUCGAGUACGAGGACGAGACCCCCGCCACGACCUCCCAGAUGGCCAAGGAUGUUGUCGAGUUCCUCAACUGGGCUGCCGAGCCUGAGAUGGACGACCGCAAGCGCAUGGGUAUGAAGGUUCUCACUGUCACGACUGUGCUCUUCGCGCUCAGCGUGUGGAUCAAGCGCUACAAGUGGGCCGCCGUCAAGACGAGGAAGAUUGUCUACGACCCGCCCCAGGUCUCCAACAAGGUCCGCUCGUAAAAAGAUAUCCGACACCGAAUGUAAUACUAGUCUGUCUUGUAAGCUCCUUCUGUGGUGGAAACGGGGCGAGGCUAUAAGGUCGCAGACUGCGGAGCAGCCCUGGAGCUCUACUCUAGAGUGUAUAUCAAGUUGAUCAUUUUAGAAGCCAACAAACAAACGAUUCCCUAUGUGAUGUCGGUCGACUGCAGUGCGCCCUCGGUGACACUUGCUUGCUAGGAAAUGAGCUGACCAAGAUGAGCAAACUCGGCGGGGCUGAUCAGAAGAAGUCACCAGCAGCUCGAACAAAAGGCGUGGAGAGCCGUGUAUCUGUCAGAGAACGGGACAUUCACGCAACAAUUGUCUUGGUACCAGGCUCGCAGGCGCUCAUGGCCGUCACCUAAUAGCGCGAACGGCUCC